GAGCCAGCCGCAUACCAAGCUAGACCAGUUUGUCACACCCUAAGGCCGUGACAAAAACAAAUAUGGUUCUCUCGGCAGGCAGUUUUAAUUGUUUAAAUUUUAAUUAGGUUUUAAUUAGUGCUUCAUUUAGCAAAUCGGAUGUCAUUAAGUAAAUUGUCCCCACUGAUUGCGUGUUAGCAGACGAUGAGCUGAGUUCACGUAGCACCUGCUUGAGUGUUUGGAUGGGCAGACGUGUGUUUACAUUCCCGGAGAUGUGAGCGGGCGACCUUUCAACUUGGCCGCCACUACUUAGCUCUUGCAAGUUUUACAUUACUCUCGCGAUUUUGUAACAUUACUGUAAAACCUUUCAACACAGGAGUUCGCCAGUCGAGGAGCAGACGAGGGAGUCACACACACACACGAGACGUGUGUUAGACUAAAUAACAGGACGUAUCACGCGAGUCUGUCGUUGCAAGUGUGUUGUGUUUUUCUCUGGUGUGUCAACAAGAUCUAGGCCAGUGGCUAGCAGACAUGAGGGAGAUAGUUCACGUCCAGGCCGGACAGUGUGGUAACCAGAUAGGCUCCAAGUUUUGGGAGUGUAUAUCAGACGAGCAUGGCAUCGACCCAACUGGCAACUACCACGGGGACAGCCCACUCCAGCUGGAGAGAAUCAAUGUGUACUACACAGAGGCAUCGGGUGGCAAAUAUGUGCCGAGGUCCAUCUUGAUUGAUCUUGAACCAGGGACCAUGGACGCUGUAAGGUCUGGUCCAUUUGGUCAGCUGUUUCGGCCGGACAACUUUGUUUUUGGCCAGACUGGAGCAGGCAACAACUGGGCCAAGGGCCACUACACAGAGGGCGCUGAGCUGGUGGACGCUAUCAUGGACGUCAUCAGGAAGGAGUCAGAAAACUGCGACUGUUUACAGGGGUUCCAGCUGGCCCACUCUCUAGGUGGGGGCACGGGCUCGGGGCUGGGCACGCUGCUGAUCAGCAAGAUGAGGGAGGAGUACCCUGACAGGAUCAUGACGUCCUUCUCUGUGGUCCCCUCACCCAAAGUCUCUGACACAGUGGUAGAGCCCUACAACGCCACCCUCUCUGUCCACCAGCUUGUAGAAAACACAGAUGAAACUUACUGUAUUGACAACGAGGCGCUGUAUGACAUAUGCUUCAGGACGCUGAAACUGGCCACACCCACGUACGGUGACCUAAACCACCUUGUAUCCAUCACCAUGUCUGGUGUCACCACCUCCCUCAGGUUCCCUGGACAGCUGAAUGCUGACCUCAGGAAACUUGCCGUCAACAUGGUGCCCUUCCCACGUCUACACUUCUUCAUGCCUGGCUUUGCCCCCCUCACCUCCAGAGGUAGUUCACAGUACAGAGCUCUGACUGUGCCUGAGCUGACCCAGCAGAUGUUUGAUGCCAAGAACAUGAUGGCCGCCUGUGACCCCAGACAUGGCCGCUACCUCACUGUGGCCGCUAUGUUUAGAGGUCGCAUGUCCAUGAAGGAGGUUGACGAGCAGAUGUUGAACGUCCAGAACAAGAACUCCGCCUACUUUGUGGAGUGGAUCCCCAACAACAUUAAAACUGCGGUCUGUGACAUCCCACCCCGUGGUCUCAAGAUGUCUGCCACCUUCAUUGGGAACAACACGGCCAUCCAGGAGCUGUUCAAGCGCAUCUCAGAACAAUUUACAGCUAUGUUCCGUCGUAAGGCUUUUCUCCACUGGUACACUGGUGAGGGCAUGGACGAGAUGGAGUUCACUGAGGCCGAGUCCAACAUGAACGACCUGGUCUCAGAGUACCAACAGUACCAGGAGGCCACGGUGGAGGAAGAUACAGAUGAGGGCGUGGCUGACGGAGCUGAGGAGGAAGCCUAGACUAGUUUAACUGUCACCUGUUUGUUGCUGUCUGCUGCAUGCAUGUACCAGCUACCUGUUGACAGACAGGUGAAAAUAUCUUGACCCAGUGUCUCGUGUGAUGGUCACAUGAUCUUAUUGUUAACAUGUGUCACAUGACGUGAAUGUUUACAGUCACAUGACCUUAAUGUUUGUCACACGACCUUAAUGUUUACAGUGUGACAUGACCUUAAUGUUUAUAGUCAAAUGACCAUAAUGUUUACAGUGUCACACGACCUUAAUGUUUACAGUGCCACACAACCUGAAUGUUUACAGUGUCACAUGACCUAAAUGUUUACUGUGCCACAUGACCUUAAUGUUUGUCACAUGACCUUAAUGUUUGUCACAUGACCUAAUGUUUACAGUGUCAUAUGUACUCUAGCUUGCCUAAUCAUUGUUAAUGUUGCUCCAUGUUUCUUCCACUUCUGCUUAAAAAGAUAAAAUGUAAACAAUCCUUUUACUCAUGUCAAUCAGUGCUAUUUUGCCAGUGUCAGUGUAGUGAUGUAUUUAUAGCUACAAGAGCCAAAGAUUUCAAACAUUGAAUUACUGCUUUAUAUUGGCUACCAUAGUGAGUCACUGCUUUAUAUUGGCUACCAUAGUGAGUCACUGCUUUAUAUUGGCUACCAUAUAACACAAAUGUACCGAAUGAUAGAAAUAUGCCGGCCACAAUGGCUCAAAGUAUUGGACUAGAAAUUAAGUUUAUCAAAUGACUGGCUUAUUUUGGUGCUUUCAGGUCAAACUGCUUCUGUUGAUGCUAUAAGGUUUGGGGCUUUUAAGUGCCCAGCAAUGGGCACCUUCAUGUCAGGUUUUCAUGCUCAAUAAAUGUACAUCUAUUG